UCGCAAAGCCGUUUGUGAUUCUUCCACAUGCCCAGAAUUAUUACAAGAAACACUGCUAGCUAACAUUACAGUUGUCUACUCCGUUGUUGUGGAGAAGACCUUGCAGCAAGGUGAACUGGUGAACACCCGACCUACUUCAAGUUGUCAGCUAUCCACCUGAGGUGCAGGUGUAGGAGUGUUAACGCCGUAGAAGCGGAAUCCGCAAUGCUGAACCCGACCAAUGGUGACCCAGGUCAUGUUGUCGUGAAUUAUGUGGAGGAGUAUUUGGAUCUGGUGGAGUCACUUCCUUUUGACUUACAAAGGAGUGUGUCCCUCAUGAAAGAAAUUGAUGCCAAGUAUCAAGAUGUUCUGAAGGAGCUUGAUGAUGCUUAUGAACGGUAUCGCCAUGAAUCCGACUCUCUUCAGAGGCGCAAGCUUCAGUUGUCUAUCCAGAGGGCACUUAUCCGCAGUCAAGAGCUCGGAGAUGAAAAGAUCCAGAUUGCUGGUCAAAUGGUGGAGCUGGUUGAGAACCGAACACGACAAAUAGACUGGCAUUCAGAACUUCUCCUUUCCUCUCAAGAAAUCCCUGAAAGUCACAUUCCCCCAGCCACAUCCAUGGCAACCACUGCAACAUCCUCGAUGUCCUUAACAUCAGCUACAGUUACUGUGGGCAAACCUAGCCACCAUGACAAGAAACGCGAUGAGGUCACAUCAGGCUCAGGUGGCGGAGAAAAGGCUGGAGGGAAACGCUCACGACGUCAGAAAAAUGGCGAAAAUCGGGAAAGCUACGGGGGUCUGGAACAUGCUGAGGAAGUGGGAGUGGGUGCGUCUCGGGAAAAGAAGGCCAAAACAUCUUCAAAGAAAAAGAAAAGGUCAAAAGGAAAAUCUGAGAGAGAAGUAUCUCCUCCAGACCUGCCCAUCGAUCCGGAUGAGCCAACAUACUGCCUGUGUGAACAGGUGUCCUAUGGUGAGAUGAUUGGCUGUGACAAUGACGAAUGUCCGAUUGAGUGGUUUCAUUUCUCCUGCGUUGGGCUCCAUCAUAAGCCCAAAGGCAAGUGGUACUGCCCAAAGUGUAGAGGGGAGAACGAGAAGACCAUGGACAAGGCCUUAGAAAGAGCUAAGAAGGAGAGGGCCUACAACAGGUAGCUCACCUGGCCCCAUGAACACUGCUGUGCAAAAAUUAAGUUUUAUCUGUAUUGGUUUUCAUUUACAGUUAACUAAAAAAAAGAAAAAAGUGAAGUUCAUGAUGAGAGGGGUUUUAAAUAGUUAUUUUUGUAACAGCUAUAUACCUGAGAAACAAGAAUGCCACCUCCUGGUUGUUUACAAAGAAUAGACGUAGUACAGUACAGUACAUGACCAUGUGCAUGUUUGUAGCAAGCUGUCCUGCACAUCAUCCCGCUUUGUUUUCAUCUUGCAUGCAACAUCACCUGCUGAAUUACAAAACUGAAACAAAUAAAACAGUGUUUAAGAAGAGCACCGCUGAGCGGUAUGCAUCUAUGGUGUGAAUUUGAACAUCUUAGCAUCCUAAGUUAAGGCCAAUGAAAGUUUCUGUGGAACAGACACCGCCAAGCCUUUGACAAUAACUCAACUUU